AACGGCGCGGGGCGGCAUGGGCUCGGGCCACCGCCUCCGCCCGGCCGCCCGCCCGGACUGUCGCGGCCCGCGGUGGAGACGGCGGCCUCAGCAAAGUUUCCCCGGUGGCGGCCCGGAGGCGCAUCCUCCCGCAACUGUCAAGCGCUGGCGGCGGAAAUGAUGAGGCGCUGGCCAUUUUCCGAGCCCGGGUUUCCUGCCUGAGCCCCGCUCGAGCGAGCCGCGAGCCAGGAGCCGGCGCGCGGGAGAGAACGCGCCCGGGGCGGGGGCCCUCCCGCCCCCUCGGGAUUUCGGGGGGCCGGGGGCGCGCGACGCCAUGGGCCGGCCGGGCCCGGACCCCCUCUCUUUCAGCCCGGCCGCUCUACCUUGGUCUCCGCCAUGAACGGGCCCACCUUGCAGUCCUCCUCGGCCUCCUCCGCAUCCUCGGCCUCCUCGGCGGCGACGGCCCCAUCCCCACGGGGCUGGAGCGAGUUCUGCGAGCUGCAUGCGGUGGCCGCAGCCCGGGAGCUGGCCCGGCAGUACUGGCUUUUCGCCCGCGAGCACCCGCACCACGCGCCCCUGCGCGCCGAGCUUGUGUCGCUGCAGUUCACCGACCUCUUCCAGCGCUACUUCUGCCGCGAGGUGCGCGAGGGCCGGGCGCCUGGGCUGUCGGGCACCCGGGCCGCCGCCCCCGCGCGCGACUACCGUGAGACUGGCCGCGGGCCCCCGGCCAAGGCCGAGGCGUCCCCAGCCGAGCCGGGCCCCGCCACCCCCGCCCCCGGCCUGCCCAAGGCCCGCAGCUCGGAGGAGCUGGCCCCGCCGCGGCCGGCCGCCGCCUGCUCCCUCCAGCACCUGCGCCACAGUCUCCGCCACAUCUUCCGCCACCGCUCGGCCGGGGAGCUGCCCGCGGCCCCCAGCGCGGCCGCAGGGGAGGCAGGCGAGGCCCCGGCCAGGCCCGGCCUGGCCAGGAAGCUCCUGCCCUGGAGCCUGGCCCGGGAGCCGCCACCCGAGGCCCUCAAGGAGGCGACGCUGCGGUACAGCCUGGCUGACGAGGCCUCCAUGGACAGCGGGGCGCGCUGGCAAAGGGGGCGGCUGGCGCUGCGGCGCGCUGGCCCCGACGGCGCGGACCGCCUGCUGGAGCUCUUCGACCCGCCCAAGAGUUCAAAGCCCAAGCUACAAGCAGCCUGCUCCAGCAUCCAGGAGAUUCGGCGAUGCACACGUCUCGAGAUGCCCGACAACCUCUACACCUUUGUGCUGAAGGUGAAGGAUCGGACAGACAUCAUCUUUGAGGUGGGAGAUGAGCAGCAGCUGAAUUCAUGGAUGGCUGAGCUCCGGGAGUGCGCAGGCCAAGGCAGACUCAGCACAGACCCAGAGAUGCAUAUUCCCUCAGCCUUAGAGCCCGGCACAUCUAACUCUCCAAGGGGAAGCACAGAUUCCUUGAACCAAGGUGAGGGGUCAGGGCCUUUGUCCUCCGGUAUGUCAGAACUCAGCCCAGGACAUAAGGCACACACAAAGGAUCACCAUCACCCGUCUCCUUCUCUAUCAGGUGCUUCUCCUGGGGGUUUGCUGGAUCCAGCCUGCCAGAAAACAGAUCACUUCCUGUCCUGCUACCCCUGGUUCCAUGGCCCCAUCUCCCGAGUGAAGGCAGCUCAGCUGGUUCAGCUGCAGGGUCCUGACGCUCACGGAGUGUUCCUGGUACGGCAGAGUGAGACUCGGCGUGGGGAGUACGUGCUCACGUUCAACUUUCAGGGCAUAGCCAAGCACCUGCGCCUGUCACUGACCGAGCGGGGCCAGUGCCGCGUGCAACACCUCCACUUCCCCUCGGUCGUGGACAUGCUCCACCACUUCCAGCGCUCACCCAUCCCACUCGAGUGCGGGGCUGCCUGUGACGUCCGGCUGUCCAGCUAUGUGGUAGUCGUCUCCCAGCCGCCAGGUGUGACCCUAAUGCCCCUUGAUAAAGGGGGUGGUGGCACUGGGAACCGAGACCUUGUGUUGUGUCCUUCCAACACUUGCCUCCACCCCGUUAAGACUGACAGUGUGGUCUCUCUCUUGGUCACUUGUCCCCCAGGUUCCUCCAACACUGUCCUGUUCCCUUUCUCCCUCUCUCGCUGGGAUUCAGAGCUGGGCCUUCCCCACCUUAGCGCUUCUGGCUGUCCACGGGGGCUCGGCCCAGAGGGUCUCCCAGGCCGGUCCUCACCCCCAGAGCAGAUCUUCCACCUGGUGCCUUCGCCUGAGGAACUGGCCAACAGCCUGCGGCACCUGGAGCCCGAGCCCACCAGUCGAGCCCGGGACUCGGACUAUGAAAUGGACUCCUCCUCUCGGAGCCACCUGCGGGCCAUAGACAAUCAGUACACGCCUCUCUGACAGGCCUCCCAGAGGCCCCCGAGGAGCACAAGCAAGCAGAGAUGUGAACUUCUGAAUGUAACUUUCUUUCCUUCCUUCCAGAGAGAGAUUUAAGGGACACUGUUAACUGUUCAUUCCAGUUUGGAUGUGACCCUUCAAUUAGGCCUGUUAAAGGGCCUCCUAGAAGUUCCAUUCUCACCUGGCUUUCUUCUUAUUGUUUACAGAUGUAGUUCUUGUUCGUGGAUGUCGCCAGCUCCUGCCCUGGGUCCCUAGGACCAGGCCCCAUCACUCUUAGAGGGGGCGGUGGGGUGAGGGCCAGAGUUGGCAGUGGAAACUUGUUCUCUUUUUCACUGACACUGUCCCAGCUGGCAGACUUUCUACUUGGGGAGGGGGGAGGGGGGCCCAUCAGGAAGCCCAAAACACUAACAAGCCCUGGAUUCUCCUGUGGUUUUUCCCGUUAUAGCUUCAGUCCACGUGGUGGGUCUGCUGUACCCAAGCCACAGGUGACAACACCUAUCCUGCUUCGACUCUCAACUUUAGGACAAAGUUCUGGCAGAUGGACAAGCUAAAGGUCAAAAAUGAUUUUAAACAUUUUUACCUCAGAUUAAUUUUUCAAAGGAUUCAGGUUUCAAAAUUAAACCACUGCUUAUUUCAUUGCACUGUUUGAACUAAUACCCACGCGAUUUUUGUAGUCAGAGACAGCUAUGCAAAUCCUACUUGACCAGGUCCUGGUUCGAGCCAGCAUGCCUGGCUUCCUUGUCUUUUGCAUCCUCAGGACAGUCACCUGUUGCUGAGGAGCCACUGUCCUUCCUAAAUGUAGAGAAGUGAAGUGUGUCACCCUUUCAGGGAAAUUCAGGCAAUUAACUGAAAUAGGAGGGUGGCAAGGAACAAUACCACCCUGGUGCCUUAUGAAUAAAAAACUGGAUUCUGGUUUA